GUUUAUUUUGCAUGGCAUGAGCAUCUUCAUUCCAAGUUGUUCUCUCAAAAUUCAAUACUCAGCGACUUUUUGAACAGCUCAAGGAACAGUGUGCAUAGAAGGGAUUCGCGGGACCUUAAUUAGUUUCAUCUGGGCUGAGCCGUCAAGUAAAACACACUAAUACUGUAUGCAUGAUGGUGGACGGCGGCGGUAGGCCUUAACCAUGACUCUCAUGCACACAAGGAAUUCCGUGAACCUGACUCUUCGCUGGAGCUCAAUAUCAGGAGGGACAAUAUAACCUUGGAGGAGGCGAGUGGCGAUGAUCGACAACGGACUCAAGGUCGAUCACGCACAAGAUUACUCGCAGACUCCGACGAUGAGAUGAAGAAUGAUGAUUUAGACGACGAAUACGAAUAUGAAAAUACAUUAUUGAUGCCGUUGGAACCCAAGAUUGAUCUCCAUAUCUCACAAUCAUUGGAUCCAACGCUAUCUACCAUUGCCACUAGCACCAGCACUCUCCCAAGCCUAGAUUCAACUGAUUUCGUGUUGGCAAAGGUAGAGUCGAGGUCGUCAGUAGCCAAUAUAAUCCAGAAGCAGCAACUGCCAGAACAUUCAAAGAGUCAACAGCAGCAAUCUCAAUCGAACACGACAGUAUUUGGCGAUGACGACGCUGACGAUGACGACGAUCAUCUAUUUGGUGAUGAUUUUAUGGCGCAGUUUGGAAAAGAUGGUGAGCUAGAUGUUGAUUCAGAGUUGCGUCAGGCGAAGAAACCGCUUUUUCCACGACGUAUCACGCUUCUGGAGGCUACGAAUGAGGAUGAUCAUAAUGAUGGUGAUGAUAAUUUGGGCUUAGAAAGGCUUAGUAUCUCUCAGAAGCACAGGACUCUAUCGGGAGGGCCUACUAAAACUGAGACGACUACAUCCACUGUCACCCCAAUGUCCAACACAACAAUCACAUCUAACCUGUUCACCCGACCUAGCUUUGAUUCCAAUCGAGCCUCGCUGUCAGUAGUUGACCCAAUGGCGAGUCAGCUAUCGGAGGAGUUACUCGAAAUGUCUGCGCGGCAACAGGAUUCCAUGCUGGAAGAUAUGAUUCAGGAAGAUGAGAGAUUACGGGCAGAAGAGGCAGAGCUAGAUGAUAUGCUGUUGCUACAGAUGUACGAACAGGACAUGAUGCAGCAGGAAGCACAGCAGCGGCAGAAGGAGCUCUUGGGAUUUGACAUUAAUCAAAAACGGAAAUAUGCCUCAGUAUCAACCUUAGAGCCAUCGUCAUCGUCAUCAGCAUCGUCAUCGUCAGCAACGGCAUCAAAGCCGCAACACACUACUUUUUCAACCAUACAGGAAGUAGAUCAGUUCUUGAAGGAGUCAUAUAAAGUAGGCGAGUCUUCAUCUACGCGAAAUAAUACAGAACAAAGUAAAAAGACAAGGCUCGGAUAUGCCUCUACAGGUUCAAAUAAUUCAAAACCUGCAGAAAAGUCUACUCUACCGAAUCUACAACUUUUUUCAAAACGGCAGCGAGCAUCAGGGAUCCCGAAAUACGAUUACACUUUGCCACCAGAGAGAGGUUCAUUCAUCAAGGCAAAAAACAGUUCAGGCCAGGUGUUUUAUCUCCCGAAAAAAGUGCGCGUGGACAACGAUAAGGUAUGAGCUAGAAUAUAAACGUAUUGUUUAUGCUAAAUAUACUUGAUUAAUGCAGUGGAGGGCCUACUUGUUGAUAUAUCAUUUAUCUUUAUUUCUUAAAACAUUAAGGUUCCAUUUAUAAAACAGAUGAAAGAGAGCUCUCAGGCCAUAAAGCCGCUACUUUCGCUACCUAUUCAUCGGAUGAUGGAUGAGCUUGACAGUGAGAUUAGACUGAAAAAAUUAGAGGCCAUC